AUCACAAUGAAAACAUGGCGGUGAUACAGUGUUGUGUUGAUCCGGCUAGCAGACUAGAAAAUUCCGAUAGGAAAGUAAUCUCAGCGUUUUAUGCCCUAUGAGCAUAGUUUUUACAAAUAGAAUAAAUGACAUUUACAUAGUGUUGUUUACAUAGUUGCUAAACUAUGAAAAACAAAACAACUUCCCAAGGGAGCCCCGGGCGUGCCAGCUCUAAAGCACCAGGAAAACCCCCUGGAAAAGCUGUCAAGGCUAAUGCCCAGAAAAAAGCCACAGCUCAGAGAUCCCCUUUGAAACUAAGGGCCAAAACAGAAAGAUGCAUAUCUAAACGGACCAGGGAUAAAUCACCGAAAGCUGCUCCCAAGCAUGGUGGGUCUACAUUAAGUUCUGAGAAGGCCAAAUCUCCCAAGUCACCAACAUCUCCUAAAGGCAAGAUGAAGAAUUUGACACAGAAGAGAUCAAACGAUGUGCUGAGAGGGGCCAAGAGCAAAGCUUUGGCAAAGAAAAAAGCAGCCUUGAAACAAAAGGACAUCAAGAAGAAGCUAAAAAAACUCACAAGCUCUAAUAGUUUUUUGGACUUUUGGGGACUCACGGUUGUUGGGAAGAGAGAGGCAAGUUUAAAUGCGAGCAUGAAGGUGAAUAUUAUGUAUGAAAGGAAUGUGCCCCUUAAGCCGGCUGUUAAGGCUCAACCUAAAAAAGCUACAACUGGUGAGGAGGGAGAUAAAGAUGACAAGGGAAAAGACAAGACACCUGCAACAGUGCCUUCAGAGGAAUCAGAUGAGAGCAAGAAGCCUAAAGUUGUUAAAAAAGAUGGCUUAAAAUUAAAAGAAAAACCUACCCCCAAAAGUAAAGCAACAGACCCCAGCAAGGAGAAAGCCAGCACCAAGCAAUCCCCUGUUAAAGUUAAAUCAAAAAGUGUUCCAACAAAACCUACAGAAACAAAUAGGAAAAGAAAAAGCCCAGAGUACAAAAUUUUCAAAGACGAACCCCCAGCCAAAUGCAGAAAAACAAACCAGCUUAAAUCAAAUUCCAAGACAAAGAUAGCACUUAAAAAGAAGAAGAAGAAAAAGAACUUCCCCUCUGGGCACCAGCUGAGCAAUAUCAUUGAAAAGUCCCCAAGACAGGCCAGUCUCAUCGCCAAGGCCAUGAUUGCAAUGGAGCAGGAAGAGGAAUCUGUGUUUGAAUCCUCAGCCAGAACUCGGGUAUUCGACUGGACAGAGCUCAGGUCCUAUACUCAAGCUCCCACUCGACAGAUCCAAUGGAAGACUGGACUUGGCAAUGCCGUUGUCAAGGUGACGGAUGGUAAACCUACUGAUACCUCCAUCACAGCUGAGAAGGAAGAAAGCAGUGUAGGUGAAAUAGACGUGAGUGGUCACCCUGAGGGUGGAGAAAAUGGUGAGACACAACAGAGCACCCUGCUGAGGACACUCCACCAAGUAGGGGAUACCAGGCUUCUUAAAGAAUACCUGAGAGCCCAGAAAGAAGAUUUCCAAGGCUCUGUUGAUGUGGAGAAGUGCCCAACACCAGAGAAAGUUAAAAUAGCUUCCCCAAGUCCUAAGAAAGUCACCCCUAUACCCAUUGAAGAAAAGCCCCAGAAGAUUGCUUCCCCGGUCAAGCCUCAGUCCUGCCGAGUGGCCACCCCGAUCCCCCAGUUUCCCAUUGGUCAAAGAACUAGUCACAUGACCAGCUACAUCCAUCACCCUAUCCCCCAACCAGUGUAUCCCCAGCAGCAUCCACAGCCCAUAAAAGUGACCCCCACGUACAACCCUCCAGCUUACAUCUACCAAUAUGCAAUGGACAGACAGCAAGGGGGUUUGUUUGUACCAUCUAGUCCUUCACCAUUGCCGUACAGUGUCAGCAGUAAUGACAUCAGUCAUGACUUCUCUUCAACGUACACCCUCAACCAUAUGGGCAGUCAGAUGAUUGGGCGCCGUGCAGUUAAUCCCUACCAGGCUAAUUUUAAUCCAUCUAUACAUCUACCUGUGCAGCAAGUUGCAGGAUUCAACUACCCCCCUUACUACCCCGCCCCUAUACAAACAUUACCACAGUCCAGUGGCCCCUCCCUCCAGACUCUGCACCAGAGGUACCCCAUCGUCCAGCCACAGUCAGUCAUCCACGCCCUACAGCAGGACAUGGGCUCCUACCAGCCCAGCUACCAGACCUACCAGCAAAUGUCCGGCAUGAACCAGGACACCACCAGCUGCAUGCCACCGCCGCCACCCCCAGCUCAUUCCCAGAGACCAAGUUCUAUUGGUUCCUCUCCUAUGGGACCAGCGUCCAUCCCGCACCAGACCAACAUUUCUCCCAUUGAGUCUUUAAGAUCCAUGAACCCUAUGGGAAUCCAACCCAUUGUGAAAUCUCCAAUGCUCGAUCUAAUGACGUCUGACAGACAGAACAUGACGUCACACCGCCAGAUGACACACCCGGUCUACAACAAACCACAGUUUUAUCCCACGAACAAAGGCACGUGUUCGCCUGGUAAAUAUUCCAUCAGCAUCAACGGACUCAACACUUUCAUCCCAUUCAAGAAAGAAAGGGAGGAAACUCCAGAGCAAAACUGUGACUCCGUGCAGAGAAACUCGUACAAUGACAAUUCCCAGAAGCAGGUGAACCCUAGGCGGAGAUCAUCAGAAGGUUCGGACGUCUCCGACCUUCUGCACAGUGCCCAUACAACCAUGUAUCAGAUAGACGGAAUGAAUUCAUCUGAGAGUGUACGAGAAACCCACCAGACCCAAGCCUCGGUCACAUGCAAUACGACCCUGCACAACAGCAGCCCAGCCAAAAUCAGCAUUAUUGGUCACACAUCAUUCAAUGCAUCCUACUCUGUCUCAUCUAUUCUAGACAUGCCUAGCUAUAAAAUAAAACCCGAGCCUGAACUCAAAGUGUGUGCAAUGAAUCAUAUCAGCCCUAGCAGUAGAAAAUUAAUAGACAUACCACUGAAAGAAAACCUACCUGUUGUCAGUUUUGCCCCUGUCGGCCCUGAAAAAAGCCAAGAGACCCUGGAGAUAAAAAAAGAAGCAACUAUCAGUAUUACAAUCCCCAAACAAGACACUCCCAUUGAAUCUUGCACUCUAACCCAGCCAGAUAAACCUGAAAAUCCCAAACUUAAAAAAAACGAAGUCAUUGUUAUAGAUGACACAGAUGAAUCCUCAGAUGACGAACCACUGGCCAAGCUGGUCAAGAGCAAGUCAUCAGAGGAAACCGAGCCAUCAGCAGCGGAUAACCCUGAUCACCAGCAGCCAACAGAGCAGAAAAGUCAGCCACCUGUGACCUCCUCCCAACCUAAGCCUAAAGCCAAGCCCAAGCCAAAAGAUGAAAUUAAGAUAAAACCUGCUGGCAAGAAAGCUGAAAAACACCCGCCCAGCGGCACCGUCUUGCCGAAAGGACAAAGUAAAGAAAAAAAACAGCCUGCCGUUAAUAAAUCAGACACCAACAAACGCGCAGUACUUAAAGCCCAGGAGGACAAUUCUGCAGCUCCACCUGGUGUGGCUGAUGAGCUCGCUAAGCCAGAUGGUGAGGGCAAGGUGAAGGUCGGCUGUAAAAAAUUGCUGGCCGUGGGGAAUCCCAAGUCCAAGAAAAAAGUCAAAGCUGAGCCGGUUUUUCCUCUGACACCUCCCCGGGCUAACACUAACCACGGCUGGACUUGGGUUGGUGAAGGAGAGUUGAGGACCAUUCCUAAGCUCACAAUGUCAAGGGAGGAGCAGGUGAGGAUGAGGAAGUGUUACAAGGCUAUGCAGCACACAUCAGGGGAAGUGGUCUCUGUCAGAGACUGUGUUAUCCUGCAGUCAGAGGGGGAUGGUGCUGUCCCUUACGUUGCCAGAGUUACUGCUCUUUGGGAGAACCUCAAUGGUGAGAUGAUGUUCAGCAUGUUGUGGUACUACCAGCCUGAGCACACAGCUCAUGGCAGGGAGCCUGAAGAUGGGGAACAGGAGCUGUUUGCCUCCAAACACAGGGAGGAGAACAGCGUCGCUUGUAUUGAUGACAAAUGUUUUGUCCUCAUGUAUAAUGAAUACUGCAGGUUGGAAGCGGAGGCUGUACGUCUAGAGCAGGGUGUCCCGUUACCAAGAUGGCGGGCACAAAUCCCAGGGAUAUCUGAGGAAGAUAAAAAGUUCUGCAGGCCCAAACCCCCAGCCAACACUUGUGUUGAGAACAUCUGGUUCUGCCGCUACGACUACGAUGUCAGGAAGAAAGUCGUCAGGAAACCAAAACACAAGAAAUCAAAUUUGCGUUACAGAGCACCAUGCAAGCUUGUUUGAACUUCCAGUCUGAUUGGCUGACUUAAGUCAUUUACUGUUGUUUUAUUUAUAUAAACUUGUGUAUUAUGUAGGCAAUUAAUUUGCCUAUUGCUUUAAUUUUUAAUGUAAAAGAAUAAUUUAUAUUUUGUCUUACAAAAUGACAAUGAAUAGAUUAUAUUGUAUGAAUUUUUACAAUUCAUUGUGUAUCAAAAUUUUAAAACUCAAAAGCUAAUAAAUUAAAACAUAGAAUAAGCUGCAUAUAAAUGCUAAUAAUUCUACUUGUAAAAUUAAAUUUGGCUUAAAAAUAUUUAUUUAUUGUAAAUAAUAAGCAUGAUUUACUUACUGUGCAUAGGUAUUCAGUGCAUUGUUUACUGUUUAUUUCUAUAGCAUUUUGUGAGGUCAAACAUUCACAAAGCAUUUAUACAAAUUUUUACUAGAAUAAGUGUGAUGGAGGAUAGAAUCCUAGACUACACAUUGCCUUGAGCGGUCAGUGACUGCUCUAUGUAAAGGCAAUGUAGUUUUCUUCAUUAAAUUAUUGUAGCGUCCAGCUUUCUGUGCUGUAGCUUGACCUGAGUUGUUGACAGCAUCAAGAAAGUUUGUAGAAACAAAUGUAAUUGUGAACAAAAGAACUGCCUGCAAAAUUGAUUGUAUUGCUGUUUGGUUAUUUGGCUGUGUCUGACAAAUCUGACAUGCGUGGUUUAGAUACCAUCUGACAUGCGUGGGUUAGAUACCAUCUGACAUGCUAAUCUGUGGACUGAUGUAGUAUGAUGGGGGGAACUUGUCAGAUGUGUCUUGAUGGCUGUGAUGUCCUGGUGUUGGAUGACGAAAUGCUCUUGCAGCAUGAAUAGCAUGUUUUAAUAUCACAGUUUUAGUGCAUCAUUUGUGUGGAAAAUAUUUACCCUCCUAUCAUUCAGACCCCAAAUGCAUGCUCCAAAUAAUUUAUAAAUUGAAAAAAUGUUUUGCACUUUAUAAAAAAAUUCAUUCCAUUCUGAUCAAACAACUAUUUUUAUGUGAUUUUUUUUUUUUAUAUUUAAAUUUUUUUUCCCACUCUGUAUAGUCAAAGAAACUGGAGUCCUUUUUUGAUUGAAUAGAAUCAGUGUCCUAGUUCAACAAAAAAAUUUUGACUGGACAUUCUUGAUGUAAAAUAUCACCAAGUAACCUUGGCCCAAGCUGCUUAGGUUUGUGUACACAAGUCAUGUUACUCUCAAGAUCAUGACUGUCAGCCAUCUUAAAACUGUUGUACUUGGUCAAUCUUUAGAGCAGACCAACUUUUACCUGUGUAUGUGCUGUUAUGUCUGAUAGUCACAAGUUCAAAUACUCCCUGUGCUUAUUUUAACUUCAUUUUUUUUUUUACUUUUAUUUUACAAAAAAAAAACCCUAAAUCUUAA